AUGAAAUUAAGAAACAUUGAGGGAAUAUACCGCUCGAUUCAGCCACGACUACUCUUGGCCUCCGAGCAUUGCAUUUCCGAUACAUGGUCCACAAGUGGAAAUUCAUUCAUCAAAAUCGAAAUCGGACGGUACCCUAAGGUUUAUAGGAUUAGUUGGGAACCUAUCACUUUUAGUGAAGAAGAGGAGAAAGGUGUCAUCUUCCUUCAUGAUGAUCCCAUGAUCAUUCGAGCGGAAAUGACCGAUUUCGAUGUGGGAUGCAUCCUAAUGGACACUGAUAGUUUGGUCAACGUCCUCUUUGUUGAUGCUUUCAAGGAACUAGGGAUUUAA